CUCCAUUCAGUGCAUUCGCCCUCCGUUACGUCCUAUCUACGAAACUGGUAAAGGCGCAGUGCUUCUACUUCGGGGUUUUCAUCCAUCACUGCGAAAGAGCGAGUUUGGGCUAGAUCGGCGAAGCUGUUCUUAUACUCUGCCCGAUACCCUCCGAUCUAGACUGUUCCAGAUUCAUUCAGCCGCAAUCAUGCCGUCUGUGAUAUCACAGGAUGUUCAAUCCAAGCUUCGUGGUAUUAUCGACGAGUACACAAUUGGGGGCUCUGAGAGCAAGAUCCCAGGUCUCGUCUACUCCGCGUUCAGAAAUGAUGGCGAGCCGAUCUUUCAGCAUUACUCUGGCUUGAGAGGAGUCACCUCAGAAAAUCCCAUGUCAGAAGAUAUUAUCUUUUUUAUGGCAUCUUUCACAAAGUUGGCAACAUCUGUGGCAUGCAUGCAACUUGUUGAGCAGGGGAAAUUGCGCUUGGACGACGCCGAUCAAGUUGAAGCCAUCUGCCCUGAGUUGCGGGAUGUGAAGGUGUUGAGUCGAAAUGAGGACGGAAAACUUGAGCUUGUUGAGAAAACUAGGAGAAUUACUCUUCGAAUGCUUCUCACUCACACAGCCGGUUUUGGAUAUGCUUUUGAAGAUGAGAAACUGGCCGAGUUCAGUCGCCCUAUUGGCUUUGAUGACUUCUCCGGGGAAGCAAUCGAUACAGCAAAUCGACCUUUGGUGAACCAGCCUGGCGAGACGUUUCAAUACGGUGUCUCAAUGGACUGGGUUGGUGCUAUAAUUGAACGUACGUACAAAAAGUCUUUGGAGAAAGUCUUCAAAGAGCGGAUUUUCCAGCCCCUUGGGAUGAACCACGUCACUUUCCAUCCUUCAAAGGAAGACAAGUUGAAUUUGGCGUAUAUGCAUCGCAGAAGCCCCGAUGGCAAGCUGAGUACUGCGGACCACUUUUAUCGACGUCCACUUCUUGCUCAGGAUGGCGAGAAGGUUCCAUGUGCUGGAGGUCAUGGAUGCUUUGGAAGACCAGCAGAAUUUGGAAGAAUCAUUUCACUACUGUUGAAUGAUGGGCUCGAUGCAAAAUCAGGAGUUCGGCUUCUCGAGGCUGAGACAGUGAAUGACAUGUUCACUGAUCAAAUCCCCGACAAACCACGAUUCAGCAACAUCAGUGUCCCUGUGGCCAAACCAGAACUAGCAAACCCAACUCCUUUGGCUCCGAUGCCAGAUGAUUACACCGAGGGAUGGGGUUUAUCAUUUUCUAUCAACCACUUCCCAGAGUCAACCGGUCGUGCAGCUGGAUCAGCGUCUUGGGAAGGCUUGGCCAAUCUUUUCUGGUUCGCUGAUCGCAAGAACAAUAUCGGCGGUAUUAUUGCUAGUCAGAUUCUUCCAUAUGGUGAUGCAUUGGUACUAGAGUGCUCGGAACGGGUAGAGACUGAGAUAUACAAGACGUUGCAAGUCUAGAGACGCUCGACGUCUGGUUGCCAAGAUCCUUUACUUUACUUUUAGAGCUCUGUUUCCCAAAAAGCUCAUCAUGAAUACAUCCUCUUCGAUUGACCUAUCUGCGUUUCCUUGGCCUUAUGAACUACAUGACUUGAGCUUCGACCCGUUACGUUUGUUGCCGAUUCAAAACUGUUUAUCAUUGUGAAGCCUUCAUAUA